AGUCAGUACUCGGUGUCAAAGCACGGAGCGCUUAUCGCAGAACGCGUCAGUGAGAAUUUUUAUAUAUAUGGUGCAUUUCUCCGUGGACUUUCUGCACAGCAUUCACUUUUUGUGUUAUCAGAGUACAGCGGUCUACGAAGAAAACAUGUGCAACACAGAGGAGAGUUGUGCUGUGCUGGGCUCGAGGCAGCAGGCUCCAGGGCCUCUGUGGUGCUCCGAUGCCCCUCUCCCACUAACGAAGAUCCCGGGUGGGCGAGGGACAGGCAGGGAUCUCCCUCAUAGUGUACUGCACAAGGACGAAAAGUUGACGGUGACUCAGACGGGGGCGGUAAACGGAGCGCCCCCUGUCCUGCACUUCCAGUACCAGUUGAGUGAGCGACGGUUCUCCUGCUGGGACACAGUUCUGUCGGACGACGCACUCUAUCUGGAAAUCCCCACCGGAGCUCUUCACAAUGGCAGCAGAGAAGGUUUAACCAGGCUGCUGGAGUUUGCAGAGGAGCAGUUGAAAGUCAGCUAUGUGUUCCUGUGGCUUCAAAAAAACAGAGACGAUCGAUUGUCCAUCAUGAAGACCUUCCACUACAUGGGUUUUGAAGUGGUAAAACCGGGUCACCCGCUGGUGCCGGCCCGGCCUGAUCUUCUCUUUAUGGUCUAUUCCAUGGACAGCAGCAGUUCUGAUGAAGAGUGACCAUCAAACUCUCAAUCACACUUAAUGCCCCCCCCCC